CAUGUACAUGUACACAUGUACAUUCAUUCUGGCAAUGCCAUUCAUUGUGAUCUGAAGCCCAGUAAUAUCCUCAUUAAUUCUGAAUGUUUUAUCAAGUUGGCUGAUUUUGGAUUAGCCCAUUCACUGGCUAGCACAAGCAAUGAAGGGAGUAAAGGGGUUGGAGGUGAUGGUGUUAAUGAUUUCAAUCCAGCCAUGACUGACUAUGUUGCUACACGUUGGUAUCGUAGUCCAGAGAUAUUGCUAGGAUCAAGACGAUAUACAAGAGGAGUGGACAUGUGGUCACUUGGUUGUAUACUAGCAGAAAUGAUAGCAAGUAGGCCACUCUACCCUGGCUCAUCCACCAUCAACCAGUUGAACAGGAUAAUGUCUACCCUCCCUCCUCCUUCAAGACAAGACGUGGAGAGCAUUAAAUCACCUUACGCCAAAGCAAUACUGGACCAAAUAAUACACAAGAGACACAAGUAUUUGACUGAUAUAUUACCUCAAGCUGAUCCCUCCAAAAUUACCCACUAUACAAUAGACGAUAGUACAAUAGACAAUAUGUGAAUAUUGAUAAUAGUUUAUUAACAAUAUAUUCUGUAAUAUAAAAUUGAAGUGUUUAUGGUUUUAUUUCAUUAGAAAAUAUUACAUUACAUGUGUACUCUUCUUUCUUUACAGGUACUAACAGGUUUCCAGGUUGUAGGUGUCGUUCUUCAUGUAGCACUAAACACUGUCCUUGCUUCUUAGCUGUGAGGGAGUGUGACCCUGACCUCUGCAGUACUUGUGGGGCAGGUGAUAAUCUUGA